CUGUUCCACUGGACCCUGCUCAUUGCAUGAGGCUAAGCGGCACCAUGUUCCCAGAGUUGGGGGAGAGUGAUGGUGAAGAGCUGCCAACCUUUCAAUUCCUAAGCCAGCAGCUUCCGGAGCUAAAAACCACCCCGCAGCCUCCUCUAGCAGAUGACGUGGUGGUGCUUUGCAGCUCAGACUCUGAGGAUUCAUCUGUUCCCUCUCCCGCAUGGAAAAAGUCCCGCCCUGCACAAGUUUCGGCCAGGGCUGCCACUCGUAGUGAUGACGUGGCACAGCCCAGCAGCGAGAGCGAGGAGGAGGAGGAUAUUGUCCCCUUAGCUGAAAGGCUCAAGAGGAGGUUUUUGGCUGCCAAACCUUCCGCAGUAGGUACUUCCUUUACCAGGAUCCAAGAACGAAGCAACCAAGACUCGGUCUCUUCCAGUGACGAGAAAGUGGCCGCUGUUUGCUGGCAGCAGCCACUAGCCAGAGACCCAGACACCGAGAGGAGAGCUGUUCCCAAGACUUGGGAACUGUCAGAUAGCGACCCAGAACUGCCUCCAUUUGAUCUCAAGAAGCAACUUUUGCUUCAGCCUCCAGAGUGUGUCUCUGACUGCCCAGUACAAAAUAGCAGCCAUCGGGGCACAGAGAUAAGCCUGAAACCCUUCCCUCUUCAGACAAGUUCAAAACGUAGCCAGGAGGAAAUUGCCCACGCCCGCCAGGCUGCCUUACAGCGGAAGGAAGCACGAAGAGCUCGGCAGGUGCUGCUGGAGCAGGAAAGGGAGAAGAAGAAGGCCUUGGCUGGCCUUCGGAAGGCCCAGAGACCAGAACAGUGUCUGAAGCACAUUCAAGUAGUGCUUGAUCCAGGUCUUUUACAGGUCGAAGGUGGGGGGCAGGUGCUUACCACUCUGCAGUCCAUGGAGUGUAGCUGUGUGAUUGAGAGCCAAGCGGUUCCCCGCAGUAUCACCUGGAGAAGGAAAUCUGGGCUAGCUCAGGUUGAAGAAGACAACUUCACAGAAGAACCUCACAUUCUCGUUCUAAUGCUCCCAGAAGAGUUUGUGCCCAUGGUUCAUAACUAUAAGCAGAUUAGCAUGGAAGGACCCACUGAGACUCUGCAGAGCGUUGUGGCUAAUAUCAUGGAGAAAAACCCUGGAAAAACUCCGGCACUGGCUGUAGUACAACUGGAAAAAUAUUUCAGUUCUCACAAGCAGAAGUCGCAGAAGAAACUGCAGCAAGCAGUGCAGAGUGGCUGUGAGGUACAGGAGCAAGGCAAACCAAGGCACCGGAGAGGAAAAGCAGAUUCAGGCCCGGAGCUAUCCAGAGUGGAUGUGGAAGAAGCCUUGGUCAGCCUGCAGCUUCACACAGGGGUCCAGGUUCGAGUUCUUGACAGCUGGAAAGAGCUUGGUGACUUCGCCAGCAUGUUCACCAAGGCUGUGGCUGAAGCACCAUUCAAAAGGGAACGAGAUAAAACCAGCUUCUCCUUCUGCCUAGAGGGGGACUGGAGUGGGGGUGCAAAGGUGGACCGCUCUGGAAAGGGGCUGCUGCAAGUUUGGAAGAGGCAGAUUCAGCAGUUCAACCGGGUCAGUCUAGAGAUGGCCAAUGCCGUUGUAGCCAGAUACCCUUCUCCCCUGCUUCUGAUGCAGGCUUAUGAUACCCACUCUUCUGAACAGGAGCGACACAACCUUCUGGCAGAAAUACCUGUCCGCCGAGGUGAUGGUGUAACGGCCACUACAAGGCGGGUGGGUCCAGACCUCUCUAAACGUAUUUAUCUGCAAAUGACUUCCUACAAUCCUGACCUUUCUCUGGACGUUACAGGAUGACCCUAAAAUAUGGAUUUAAGUAGAAAUUCUCUUCAAGCUACUUUUUGGGGAAGAGGUACGUUAAACUAAAUGUUUUUAAAAACAUAUAACUACUUGAAGCAGAAGAAGUACUUCUUUCCUACAGAAACCUUGUACAGUAACCUCAAGCAUUUCUUGAUUAAUUAGAAACUAUUAAGAACUGUAGUUUCCUUCUUGCAGUGUAAUUCUGAAAAGCUCUUUAAAAAGCAGAAAUUACCCCAAUCUUAUUAGCACAAAUCGCAAUAUUCCUUUACAUCUUGCCACUGUUCAUAUACAGUAAGAAAACGGUCUGAAUAGUGCUGUUCUAUACCAAUGUUAAUCUCAAUGCUAUUAAUGAUUAAAAAUUAAUUUUAUCAAAUUGAUUUUAACCACUUUGACUUGAAUACAGGAGCUGGCCAUGUGCCAACAUGGAAGCAGAUUAUGUUACCCCACA